AUGAAUGCGUGGGGCCAAGGCCGAGAGGGUGAGGUAGCUGAGGAGUAUGGAAAUGGACUCCGUCUCCCGAGACUGUACCCCGCAGGGCAGGCGGGAGAAGGCGUGUCAAAGGAGGGGGCUGAAGCACAGCUCGGCGGGUACCUAGGCACAGAGCCAGGGCCGCUUGCAGCUUUACCAGUGGCACACCCUUUAUACAACGAAAAAGUUGGGGUGAAUGAGCGGAAGAGAAAACGCAGAACCACCAUAAGUAUUGCUGCCAAAGAAGCCCUAGAGAGGCACUUUGGAGAACAAAGUAAGCCUUCUUCUCAGGAAAUUAUGAGGAUGGCUGAGGGACUCAAUCUUGAGAAAGAAGUUGUGAGAGUUUGGUUUUGCAACAGAAGACAAAGAGAAAAAAGAGUGAAGACAAGUUUACAUCAGAACGCCUUUAGUUCUAUUAUCAAGGAGCACCACGAAUGCCGGUAA